UCAUCGUGAACCGGGUGGAGUGAUCUCCUCUGUCGCCAGACCAGAAAGACACCAGAUAGUUCCUUGCUACCACAUCCUGCUUCGCUCCUGUGGUUUUGCCAUUCUCCUUAGAUGUUUUUAGUUGUUUUUCUAGUUCUGAGAUCUUACCGUCUUCAGCUUUGACAUCUUCCUGAGAACCCGCCUCGCUUUAAACUUUUAUUUCUUCCUUGUGUACACUUCUUGUCACAGUGCUUUUGUUUGCUUUUGCCUCACCCUUUUUUUUUUUCAGGGAUCGUCACAGACUCUUUUUACUAUUUGUCAGUGGUGCUCUGCGUUAGUCUUUUCGUUUGUUGCUUUGUUUGGUACCGAGACUUUGUUAAAUGACUCCAAUGGGAUCCGACCAGUUGCAAAUAGUUGCAGAACUUUUGAUUUGAAGGCUGAUAACAUCACACUGAAAGUCAGUAGACGCAGAAGCGCUGAAGUCUAUUUCACUGAGCUUUGUCUCACACAAAAAAAAAACAUACAGGUAAAUGAUCGUCUGCAGUCACGCCUAAGGACACAACAUCCACAUGGGGACUUUGAGACAGCGUUCGAGCUUCGGGAGAAAGAAAGAGGAUGUGAAACUGGGGAAAAGCGAGCCCCUACUGUUCAAAAAGGAAGACCAUGCUAGUCUUAGGACAGAAGUGCUGAGAUUGGCAGUGUUUUCUGUGAUUUUCCGUGUCAUCAACUGUUUCCUGGUUCAGAGCAGCUUCAUUCCAGAUGAGUACUGGCAGUCUGUGGAGGUCGCCCAUCACAUGGCCUUCAAUUAUGGGCAUCUAACGUGGGAAUGGAAGGAGGGCAUAAGAGGCUUCACCUAUCCUCUCUUCUUUGCGGCCAUCUAUAAAAUACUACACUGGAUACACUGUGACUCUGUGUAUCUUCUGGAAAGUGUUUUUGGUGUUUUUUUUUCGUCUUUACUUUCAGCCAUAUUUUGGUCAGCUGUGAUUUGUUACUCAAAUGAGUUUUCCCUGCAGAUUUGGCUGCCCCGACAACUUCAAGCACUCAUCACAGCGUUUGCAGAUUUCAAAUUCUUCUUCUUCCUCAGAGAACUGGAAGAUCGAGACGUCGCGAAAUGGACGGUAACGAUACAUGUUUCUGUCUUGGGUGAAUGUCAGUUCCGUCGCAUGUUGGUUGUGUUCUCGUGCGUGCAGUUCUUCUGCCAUCUGUGCUCGUGGUACACAUGGUAUAGUUGCAGCAGAACGCUGACCAACAGCGUGGAGACCACCAUCACUAGCCUGGCUCUGUGCUACUUCCCCCUGCCAGCAUCCAAAACACACAGCAGCAAAAAAUAUUUGAGCCUGGUUGCAUUCGCGAUCAUUGUUCGCCCGACGGCCCUGAUUGUCUGGCUCCCGCUGUUGAUCCACCAUUUCUGGCAGGAUGAAAACAAACUGAGACUCGUGGUUCAUGACUACAUUCCCAUUGGGGCUUCAGCCGUUGUGAUUUCAACCCUAAUCGACCGCAUCUUCUAUGAAAAGUGGAUCUUCGUGCAUUUCAACUUCCUGAACGUGAACGUCUUGGACGGAGUGGCCAACUUAUACGGCACCCACCCCUGGCACUGGUACCUCACUCAGGGCUUCCCCGUCAUAAUAGGCCCCCAUCUCCUGUUCUUUUUUUACGGAUGCUUCCUCGCUUACAAAAGGUACAGAAUUCUGCUCGUGACCAUUGCUUGGACCAUCGGCGUAUACAGUUUGCUUCCUCACAAGGAGUUUAGAUUCAUCUACCCUGUGCUUCCCUUCUGUAUGAUCUUUUGUGGAGCGUCGGUGGCCCGUAUGAGAACGUGGCGAAGAGCAGCCGCUAGUUUUUUGUUAGCAUCCAACCUGCUCAUAGCCCUAUACACAGGCCUGAUUCAUCAACGCGGCGCUCUGGACAUCAUGAGCCACAUCCACGCACUUUGCCGCAACGCCUCAGAGCCGGACAUCCUCUUCGCCAUGUCCUGCCACUCCACGCCUUACUACAGCCACGUGCACUGCCCACUAAAGAUGCGGUUCCUCGAGUGCCCGCCUGAUCUCGGCCAGGCGGACUACGUGAACGAAUCGGACCGAUUCAACGAGGACCCGCUUUUCUGGCUCCAAACUUCGUAUCCGCAUGCACGUUCACUUCCUACUCACGUGAUUCUCUUUGACGUUAUGGAGAAGAAGAUCUCAGCAUUUCUGGGUGAAAACAACUACACGAAAACAACAGACAUAUUUCACACUCAUUUUCCCGAGGGAGGACUUGGACGAAGAAUCUUUAUUUAUGAAAGGCGUCGACCGCCACUGGAACAUGUUGGCGGCCAUUUCUGACUUUAUGCACGAGCUGAUGUGUUUUGUUUUGUUUUUUUCUCAAGCUUUGUUUAUUGGGUUUUUACAAGUGAAUACAAGUGCAUCAAAACAUUGACAAAUUGUGCAACGUUCACAUUUUCUCUUUGGGAAAAGAAAAUCAGGAAUCAGGAUCACAAGCUUUAUUACGAGGAAAAUUUGCAGAUACGGACAGUCCUUUGAGUGCAAAUAUAAAAUACAAAAUUUGGAGCACAAGAAGGGAAAAGUUAAAUGGGCAGGCAACUAGUUUUUCAGAAGGUAUUUGUGUCAAAGGUUUGAGAAGCGGUGCCUUGCUGUAUGUAAACUUUAAAUGGCAGUUUUAUCGGGGCAAAUGCAUUAUUAUGGCGUUCCAGCAUUGAAAGUGAAAGUUGCCAUACUCUUAAAAUACGAACCUGUGUCGUCUUUGAAAUGGCGACACUCCCCAUCCGAUGCCCAGAGUUUGGGCCUCUGUUCCAGACGAUAUGAUGAGUCAAGAACACAGCAUCCACAUGGAGACUUUGAGACAGCGCUCAAUUUUUGGGAGCAAAGAGGAGGAUGUAAAACUGGGGAAAAGCCAGCCCCUCCCUCCUCAAAAAGGAAGCAUCCAGCCAGCAUCCAAAACACACAGCAGGUCCCCUUAACGUCGUAAACAUCUCGAUAUGUAUGUGCCGUGGAUUCCUGGCUGACACCUUAUUCGUGUUGUUCCCUCCCGAGCAAAAAAUUGUUGAGCCUGGUUGCAGUCGCGAUCAUUGUUCGCCCGACGGCCCUGAUUGUCUGGCUUCCGCUGUUGAUCCACCUUUUCUGGCAGGAUGAAAACAAACUGAGACUCGUGGUUCAUGACUACAUUCCCAUUGGGUUCGUUGUGUUUCAUAUAGCCUCCUCUCCAACACCAACUGCCCUCACGACAUCCUUCGACCUUCUCUUUGCUCUUCCUCUCGCUCUCUUGCCUGGCAGCUCCAUCCUCAUCAUCCUUCUACCAAUAUACUCACUCUCUCUCCUCUGGACGUGUCCAAACCAUCCAAGUAGCUGCUCUCUCUAACUUUGUCUCCAAAACAUCGAACCUCGGCCGUCCCUCUGAUGAGCUCCUUUCUAAUUUGAUCCAACCUGGUCACUCCGAGAGCGAACCUCAACAUCUUCAUUUGUUCUGCUUCCUGUCGUCUCUUCAGUGCCAUUGUCUCUACUCCGUCCAUCAUGGCCGGCCUCACCACUGUUUUAUAAGCUUUGCCCUUCAUCCUAGCAGAGACUCUUCUGUCACAUAACACACCUGACACCUUCCUCCACCCGUUUCUUCACUUCCUGACCACACUCCCCAUUGCUCUGGACGGUUGACCCCAAGUAUUUCAAGUCCUCCACCCUUGCUAUCUCUUCUCCCUGUAGCCUCACUCUUCCCCCACCACCACCGCUCUCGUUCAUGCACAUAUAUUCUGUCUUAGUUCGGCUAAUCUUCAUUCCUCUUCUUUCCAGUGCAUGCCUCCAUCUUUCUAACUGUUCCUCCACCUGCUCCCUGCUUUCAUUGCAGAUCACAAUGUCAUCUGCAAACAUCAUGGUCCACGGGGAUUCCAGUCUAACCUCAUCUGUCAACGUAUCCAUCACCACUGCAAACAGGAAGGGGCUCAGGGCUGAUCCCUGAUGCAGUCCCACCUCCACCUUAAACUCCUCUGUCACACCUACAGCACACUGUUCUGCUGCAAAUUCCAUCAGAAGAAAAACAGCCCCAAAGCAUCGUAGACGUUAUAUAUAGCCACUGCAUGUCCAACAAGAUUUUUUGUUUAACACGUUUCCAAGAAUUCAAAAUGAAUUUAUUCAAUUUUAGAAUAAGGCCAUACAUAACAUGACAAAAUGUGGAAAAAGUGAAGCACUCUUGAUUCUUUCCGGAUGCGCUGUACGGAGACCUGGAACAGGCAGCUAAAAUGUUUCUCUCCCA